UAUAAAGAAGCACCGGCAUCGACGAGACUACGACACUUUUUGAUUGUUCUCCGACAAAGGCGCAGUGGAUCUGAAACGAGAUGACUGGCUUAUCGUAUUCGGGAGUCAUUGUGUCAGCGCUCGUUCUACUUUUUGGGAUUUUUGCGCGGAUUCAGGCCGAAUAUAUUAAUCUGGCAGAUGUUCCAUGCGGUAUAAGCGGGAUACGGGAGGCGAGAAUUGUCGGAGGUCAGGAUGCAAUUCAAGGUGAAUUUCCUUGGCUCGUGAGCAUAACCAGAAAAGGUGGACACUUUUGUGGGGGUGCCAUCCUGAAUUCCAGAUUUAUACUCAGCGCCGCGCAUUGUUUGUGCUCCGGCACGAACAAGAUUCCGGCGGGACAAUUGCGCGUCACGUUAGGCGAGCACAAUUUAAGGGCUCCAGAAAUUCCAGCCGCAAGACACGAGAGCGUCAUAAACGUGGUGUUGCACCCUAAUCACAAAUGCGGCAAGUAUGUAGACGAUAUUGCCCUGCUGGAACUUGCUAGACCGAUCAGCUGGUCGGAAAGCGUGAAACCCGCAUGUUUACCUGUGGCCACAGGAACACCAGGAUAUAACACUUUCGGCGAUAUGGACGCUAUAGUAGCCGGAUGGGGCUGGCUCGGGGAAGAUAAAAGCAAAUACAAAAGAGCCGACGUGCUGCAGAAAGUGCAGGUUCGCGUGGUAGCAAACACUGUGUGCAGCGAAUGGUAUGCGAGUCAGGGCAAGUCGAUCCGCGUGGAAUCAAAGCAGAUGUGUGCCGGUUGGGAGGAAGGCAGGAAAGAUUCUUGCUGGGCUGACAGCGGCGGGCCCUUGAUGGUCAGAAGUCGUCCUGCUGGACCCUUGAUGGUGAUUGGGGUAGUCUCGACCGGCAUAGGCUGCAGCAGACCACGACUUCCUGGCAUUUAUACGAGAGUUUCGGACUACGUUUCUUAUAUUACGCAAGUGACACAAGUCAGUCGAUAAUAAAAGAAAGUACAAACACGAGCUUCUAUCUCGAUGUCCAAUUACGUCUAAGAACGAAAUUUUUUCCUAUAUUAA